AUUCAAGAAGCAGAAUGGCUCCGGCGAUGAUGUAUUCGCCCGCCUCUUCGCCGCCUCCUUGGAUCCCGACCUCUCCUUCGAACCGCGGAUCCUCAAGUCCCGCCUUUUCGUUUCCUUUGUCCUUCUGUUCCGCCCAUCGCGAUCACAGCGGGUGGCUGAUGCCCCCGCGCCGGCGCCUUCGGCUUUCGACUGCAACGGCGUCCUCCUCACCUACGACUUCCAGCGGGGGCAGCGGCUCCGGCCCUUCGUCCGCGACCCCAACGACCAGGCCUGGGCCUUCAACGCCACCGCUACCAUCCUCAACUCCGGCACCACCAACCUCAAGGCCUGGGAGCUCCUCAUCGGCUUCCGCCACCGCGAGAUCCUCGUCUCCGCCUCCUCGGCCAUCCUCACCGACGGCUCCUCCUUCCCCUACUCCACCCCCAACGACUCCGCCACCUCCUUCUCCGGCUCCCCCAACCCCGACCUCAAGUACCCCAUCGAGGUCGCCGGCGAUCCCUCCCAGAUCCGCGCCCAGAUCUCCAUCGGCGGCACCUUCUUCGGCUCCCCUCCCCCCGCCGCCCCCUCCCCUCCUCCCUCUCCCUGGCCGACCCUGCCUUCUCCUUCCCCUCCCCCGCUGCCCCCUCCAACACCUCCCUCGCCACCUGCUGCCUUCCCAACCCCGACUUCACCCCCAACACCACCACCAACUCCUCCGAUGUCGCGGAGGCCCUCCCCUGCCUCCUCGCCCUCGCCGCCGCUUUCAUGA